UUAAAAAACAAAAUAGAUAAAUGGUCGGAGGAUUUUUAACUUUGGAUCUUUCAAAAUAAGCUGAUUGAUUACCCACCAAACAAAACAUCAUCUGCUUCACUGGAUCCGAUCGCUCUAUUUAUCGCCAUGCCCAUUAUCAGAAUCUAGGGCAUCCUGGACUGAGAUCUCUGUUACAGAGUAGGGUCUGGUAUCUGUAAAGAUCUUGCCCUGCUGAAACCCAGAAAACCUUCGAGGUCCGUCUGUAGCUACAUUUGAGGCAAAGGCUCCAUUUUGUGUGGAGUGAGAGUGGGGAAAGAGACUGUGCCAUUUCCAGGUCUAUACCCUGGAAGCAUUACUGCUAUAUUAGGCCUGCAACGGCAAUACAUUUGGUCUGAGGGAGCGAUGGAGGAGGUGCAAUGGGCUAUCUUGUGCACGGUAGUAGCGGUGGGGGGAGUAGGGUUGUACUGGAUCCUCUAUGUCGUCGGAGCGGCGGAGCAGCGUGGAAAGCGUGCCGUGGAGCUUGGCGGUGGAUCUCUUUCCCGCAAUGAAGUUGCAGACAACUACAAGCAAUACUCUACUUUCUUCCAGAAGCCCAAGGAGAUCGAGAAGACGGACAAUGUACCCAAGCUGGUGGACACAUUUUAUAAUCUUGUGACGGACAUCUACGAAUGGGGGUGGGGGCAGAGCUUCCAUUUCUCCCCUGCCGUGCCGGGCAAGUCCCACAAGGAGGAGACGCGCCUGCACGAGGAGAGAGUUGCAGAUCUGCUUCGGAUUAAGGCCGGUGACAGGCUUCUCGACGCUGGCUGCGGCGUAGGAGGCCCCAUGCGCGCCAUUGCGGCGCAUUCUCGUGCCAAUAUUGUAGGCAUCACCAUUAAUGAUUAUCAGGUGGAGCGCGCCCGCAGCCACAACAAGAAGGCUGGCCUGGACAGCCUCUGUGAGGUAGUGUGCGGAAACUUCCUUCAGAUGCCCUUUGAGGAUGAGUCUUUUGAUGGUGUAUACUCCAUCGAAGCUACAUGCCAUGCCCCACAGUUGGAGGAGGUGUAUGCUGAGAUCUACAGGGUGCUAAAGCCAGGUCAGCGGUAUGUCACUUAUGAGUGGGUCACUACCCCCAAAUUUAACCCUGACAAUGCUGAGCAUGUUGAGAUCAUCCAUGGUAUUGAGCAUGGUGAUGCUCUGCCCGGUCUGAGGAAUUACGAGCAGGUGGUUGACAUUGCCAAAAGUGUGGGUUUUGAUGUCUUGGAAGAGAGGGAUUUGGCAUUGCCCCCUGCACACCCUUGGUGGUCACGCCUUAAAAUGGGCAGGUUUGCAUAUUACAGGAACCAUCUUGUGAUUGCAUUGCUGUCUUUUCUAGGCAUUGCACCACAGGGUGUGGUGGAUGUGCAUGAAAUGCUCUUCAAGACGGCUGAUUUUCUCGCAAGAGGUGGUGAGAUGGGCAUUUUCACGCCCAUGCAUCUGAUGAUCUGCCAGAAGCCACACUCAAAUCCCAAAACUAUGUAGCUAGGGUUUCAGGUGGCAAAACAAACCCUACAUCCUGAAUUAGGGUUUGCAGAGGCCUGGUCAUGUAUUUGGCCGGGGUUGCCAUAGACUGGUACAUCAAAUCUCAAUGUUGUUGCUGAUGAAUCAUGACUACUAGAAUUGUUCUUGUUUUCUUAUUUUCUUUUUAAUUUAAGCAUGAUUGAGGUUUUUGUAUGACAUUUAUUUAAACUCGAUCCACUUUGGGGUUUGAUAUUCAUAUCCGUUUUAUUAUGGAGAAAUAGUAAAGCCUUACAGAAAUACUUCAGUAAAGCAUAGGUAAGGCAUGCUGUUUUCCUUCUUUCAUUAAUGAAGGCUGUGGGAUGUUACAUUA